CAUCCUUUUCAAGACAAGUAUAAACGGCUGUUGCACUUCUAUGUUAUUUUAGACUUCAACAUAGCGAUGACAACAGUGGUACAAAUGAACGUUUAUUUCAUCUUGUUUCUGGGAUUUGUUGCUUUUAUUGAGGUGAACUGUCAAAGCCUUGGCACUUGUCCUGAAUUUGACAUUAAUACGAUAUGUGUUAUCGAUUUUGAUUUCCAUUGUGCUGACCAAAAUCAAUGCCCAUCAGGAUAUCGAUGCUGUCCUUACGGUUGCAAUAUGCGAUGUGUAGCAGUUACAGUUGAUGGAAAUCACUUAGGGUCUUGCAGAAGUGCCUCUGGUGCACGAGGAAAAACAUGUACGGUGGAUAGAAGUUGUGAGGGACAUGAAAAGUGUUGUGAUGGAAGAUGCCAAACAGUCAGAACACAAAUUGUUAAGGUCCUUUAUCCUGUCGAAAAUUAGUUCGAAUUGAUUGGUUUCAUGAAACUAAUACCAUUAGGAAAUAUCUUUAUAAAAUUAAAUUAUACUUCUUUUAUGAAAUAUAAAAGCUUCAGUAAAGUUUGUUUUAUUGCA